UUUGUGUUUGUGGUGUGCUGGAAUAGAACUAGGAGCAUCUAGAACUGUGUUAUAUUGUCAAAUUGUUGAACUGCUACUUAAAAGAACGUUUGAAAAAUAUCCCGACAUGCAACAGUCGCGCGAACAGUCCCAGAGUGAUAUCCCACAAUGCUUCAGUGAACAUGAACAUUGUAAGGAACACUACACAUUUCUGCAAGCUUUAAGACAAUUAGCAUUUGAAACGUUAUUCAGUGAAAACAAAGAAAGCACCCUUGUGUUUAGCCAGUCAGUGACAGAGAAACAUCUAACCUCAGAGUAUUUGAAAUUAAGUCUUAACUCGGGAAUAUUAACACAAAGUACAGAAAAGACACUAACAAAACAAAUUUCGAAAUUUUCGUUUUCGCACAAAACAGUGCAUGAUUUUUUUUGUGCAUUGUACAUUAGCUGCCAAAAUGAAAGUGAUGUCAAAAACAUUGUUCUAAACAAAUGCAAAAGUUUGCAAAGUAUUCUUGACAUGUCGACAGUGCUUGUUUUCAUCAGCGGAAUGGUGGAUGCAGAAAUCAUUUCUUCGAUAUCACAGGAAUUUCUUUCUGUUAUCAGCGAAGAUAAGAUAACGAGCGAAUACAGAUCCACGACUGAUGAUAUUUUCAGUUAACUGUAAACCUCUGAAAGACAUACAAGACAUGUACAUUUCUUGUAUGAAAGAAAACACGAGCGAUAAGGAACUCAAACUUUUCUGUCAAGAUUUUUUCUUUAGUGAAGAUUGUGAAGAAGAAAAAUACUUUUCAUAUUUAGCACGGCUCGCGGUACAAAAUAAAAAUAACAUGGCGUCAAUAAAUAUCAACACAGACGACAGUGAUCGUAGUUUACGUGAAAUUAUUGAUUCUUGUGAAUUGCACGAACUGUUCCAGAUCAAUAAAAUAUCCUACUGCGGUAAAGAAGAAAACGCACAGCUUCCUGUACUGUUAAACAUGUCGCCGAAAUGUGUCGCUGUUAUAUCGCCUGUUCUAUCUCCUGGUUCUUGGAGCCGUGAAAUGUUGGAAACAUUACAGAAUAAUUCUCUGUUACAAGCAAUUUAUAUCGACGAUUUCAAGAUGAGUCACGAUGUACUGAAUGACUUUCUGAAUUAUAUUAUAAACAGAAAAACAAUGACGGAGAUUAUAUUGUUGUGGUUACACUGUACCGAGCACGAGCGUUCGUGUACUUUCAGUUUAGAUUUUAGUCAGCAUUCAGAUCUAAGGAAGUUAGAAUUGGACGGGAUACCUGAAGUGUCACAAUUGAAAGUUAAUAGUCAAGUGAAACACGUGAAGUUGUGGGGUAUCAAUCUAGGUGAAAUGUCGCUGCCUCCUGAAAUGGCGAAUAUUGAAAGUGUUGAUUUGGAGAGCUGUGUAAACAUGUCUGCUUCAACAUUGCGUGAUCUCGUUAAGGUAGUGGAGAAACUUUCACACAAAGUCACAGUAACAAUAAGGGAAUGUGAGAUAGAACCGGAAACAGAGUUUGAACACGUUAAACAAGAUAUACACUCAUCUCAGAAUUUCCGAGUUACGAAGGAUGAUAGCUGGUGGUUUGUGUUUGAAACAAAAGUUGAAAGUUAAGUUACUAAAUAAACUCAGACUCAUAGUGUAAACAUUUUGUAAACAUUCCAUUUAAAAUAUAUUACACACAGUUAGACAUAUGACAUAUGACAUAUAUUUGUGUAUAUAAAUACACGCGUGUUAAAAUAGUGACAACAAAAUUUUUGGAAAUGGAGGAAAAAAAUGGAUGUUCCUAUAUACAAGGAUUAAUACACAGGUCCAGUUUUCCUCUAUACUUCAGUUAAAAGAUCGACGCCAACACCUCAAAACCAUAGACGUCCUUCCUGUAUCGAGGCUACGUAUACAUCGCCAUAUUAUACGUUAAUUUACAAAUUGCCGCAAUGCUUCUAGAACUUCCGGUGGCUUGCCUACAUACACCAUAACAUACUUGGCAUGACCUCUUGUUUCCGGCCAUUGGACAACAAAAACUUGCA